AUAUGACCUUAUACAGUUGCGAACGCCGUAAAACCUUACUGAAACAAACGAACAAACGGGAUACACUCCCAGGGAAUUUGAAUUCUUGAACUCACUGCAGUCGUAUGUUGUGGACAUUUCAAAUGGGAUUUGGUUUUGGAGAACUUCAUUACUUCUGUCUUAGCUGUAUCUAUUUUCAUUCCAUAAUUCUCACAAAGAGAAUGGAUCAGUGGAGUAAAAGAGAUGUCACCGCCAUGGUCUUGUCAUUCUGAGAAACACCCAAUACACUCUAUGUGUUUCGGUUGAAAUUAAAACAAAAGGCAUAAUGGUUCUCAAAAAUAAAUGAUUUGUGCUAACAACUUUGUACCGCGCACCACACAGCACCGCAAGUGAUCACAGACUUGAGAACAAAAAAGGGGAUGUAAACAAAACAUCCCGUCAACUCUUGUCGGAGCGACAGUAUCAUCGUACAGAGACAAAGGUGUCUCGUAAAUUCCAUCACAGAAACAGUAGUUGCAACAUGUCCAUCACAAACGGUACUGAACCCACAGGAUCCUUCUGAAAAUGAGGGGAAUGAUUUCUGCGUAUUCACCAGCCAGUUUCGACGGCCAUCUUUAUAAUAGCAUUGACGGGGUGUGAAAAGAAGGUUUAGAUUAUUAGAAUAUCGUAAUGGCCUCACGCGGUAUUGGCGAUGUCGAUGUCGAAAAGACACCAAGGCGUCCAUGAAAAGAAAGGAGCGUCAGACAGCGAGGAAAGUCGAGAAGAACACGCUUCAAUAUUUCCCCCGGAGUUUAUCCAGUACAUUAUUGUGACUCGUGAGACGAGAGAUCCCUGCUCAGAAGGCGCCAUCUUUUUCUAGACUGAUUAUCUACAUCUAGUUCGGAAGUUCCACACACAACAUCACGCAGUGGUGACAUCUGUUCGAGUCUGACUCACAGAAAUUGCCGGAUAUAACUUUCAAGAAGACAACAGGAAGCACGCGAAAAAAGAAAAGACAGUAAAAAGAGGGAUCCUAAAAAGACGAAAGGAUCGAAACUAUCGUCUGCGAUGACUAAGGAUGAGAAGGAUGUAACUGACAUCAUCCAGAAAACAUCCAACGAACUACUGGAGCUGAAAAACCAGAUUGUGGAUCUGAGCUCGAUCAAAGUCCCCAACCUCGCCACAGAACUGUGCACUCUCAGCUCCCAGUAUAGCAGCUUCUUGCCUUCCUGGUCCUCCAUCAGCGUCGGAGAUGUUGAGCUCCAUGAUUUCAAAGUCCCCGAGCCAGCAGACGUCAGUGACAAUGCUAGCAGCAACAAGAAAGUGGAAGUCGGCUCGUUUGACGACAUCCAGAGCAAUGCUGGAGGCGGAGAGGGGCCAAAGAUUGGGGGCAGACCUGCUAAUGAAAUCAAAACUUUUGCUGACAAUUGUCAUCCCGCUUCCAACAGCGAUAUCGUGGCGAGGAAGUCGUCUGCUAGUGAGAAAGAGAAGUCGUCUGCUGGGCAGGAGGAAAAGUCGUCUGCUGGGGUGGCGGAGAAGUUGUCCGGGGCUAACGACAAAAGAACCGGAAGCAGCGCAAAGCUGACGACGAAAAAGGUUAUUAGAUUUUCCAAGACCUGGCAGAAAGCUCGACGGGAUUUGAAGAACAUCAACGAGUUUCUUUCCUUGCACCUUGAAAGAUCUAGUCAACAAUUCCGUUUGUCGGGACAGUUAGCUCCGAGGAGACAGACCAGGAACGAGCUUCUGGAGGAAGAAGACAAUGUGAUCUCGGCUCCCUCUUCUGAACCCGAAACAGGCAACCGCACCGACGAGAUGAGUCCGUCGAACACCCUGUCGCUGCAGCGCACCAAGACACACAUGUCCUCCGGCCUGGACCGCCUCAUGAAUGGGCCACUGGCACAGAACAACCCGGAGCUGCUGUAUCGUCAGGUGCGCGUGCGAGGACACGGAGAUGGCUCCAGCAACCGCUCCAAGGGACACACGGAGAGCAGCGACACAGACGAUAAAGAAAAUGACAUGGCUGACUCCUACGCCUCAUCGCGGAGUAAAACCAUGCCAACCUUGGGGCGGCCCAAGAUGUCGCAGCAGAAGAUGUCGCUGCUCAGCGAGGGAGACAGGCUGAGGAACGCCAAAGACACUGUAGAGCGGGCAAUCAAGUACAAGAAGGUGUUCACCAUCCAGGGUGGAUACUCCACCAUCCGGCACAGCCUCAGGCAAAGAGGCUGGGUGGAAAAGUUCUACAAGAUUCCGACCCCUCCCAAGAAAACGCCCCGCUCGAAGAAGCGGAAAACUUCUGAUGACGACGAUAAUGAUGAUGACGAUGAUGAUGACGACGAUGAUGAUGACGAUGAUACCGAUGAUGACAACGAUCAGCCUAGAAUUCCACCAUGGGAGGAAGAUGAUGGAAUCUAUGGAAUAAUGUCUCGCAUGGUUCGCAAUGUUAAUCCAUCUUUUAUUUGGGUGCUGAAAAGAGAUGCUAUCGACUAUCGCUACCUGAGCAAAGAGCAGAUGGUAAAUCACUACUGCAAGGCAGGAUCUUUUACAACCAAGGUGGGCCUUUGCGUUAACAUGAAAAACGUGACAUGGUUCGACAACUCGGACCAAGAUGCAUUUUUCCCAAGAUGUUAUCGUCUCAGUCAUGAUGAAGACAAAAAUGCUUUCAUAGAUGACUACCGGCUGACUGCGUGCAUGAGCAUUGUCAAGAUGGCGCUGAGCCAGAGCAUGGAGGGGAGGGCUGGUGGAGGGGAUACACCAGACUCGGCUGCUAAAAUCACAGAAGAGGAAGAAAAUGGGGAAAACCCACCCUGCAGCAAUCCUGAGUGCACAAGGUCACGACCUGGUUCCAAAGCUGCCAACAAAUGCGUGUGCCCCAAGCCUGAGGUUGAGAGCAAGCGGCCGGCCGUUGUGUCGGAGAAUGAAACUGCCGAGGAUGAGGGCUACCCAGUGAUCCAGCGAGGGAACAAGAAGAAGAAGAAGCCACAGGUGACGGUGCCAGUCAGAGUCCUGGAGACCGCCAUGUACCAGUGCGAGAAGUUCCUGGCCUCCAAGGAGCACGAAGAUAUCGACGUUCCAGGGGAGAUUGGUCAGCUUACAGAUGGUCAGUGGGACGACCUCAUACAGUGGUACUACAAACUGGUUCAUGAGGAUGGAAACUUCUCGCGGAUCCCAACAGCCCUGCUCGGUCAGUGUGAGAUCUUGGUGCGUCGUCUGGGCGGUCACUGGCCACAGCUCGAAAUGGACGGCGUCCGCAAUGUUUGGAUCGUCAAACCUGGGGCAAAGUCUCGGGGCAGAGGUAUCGUCUGCUAUGAGAAACUGGAGGACAUGCUCAAACUAGUCAACAGUCAGGUUGUGAAGAAGGACAGCAAGUAUGUGGUGCAGAAGUAUAUUGAGCGUCCGCUGCUGGUCUACAACACCAAGUUUGACAUCCGCCAGUGGUUCCUGGUCACGGACUGGAACCCCCUCACCCUGUGGUUCUACCAGGACAGCUACCUGAGGUUCUGCUCCCAGCAGUUCACGCUGGACGACUUCGACCAGAGCAUCCACCUCUCCAACAACGCCAUCCAGAAACACUACAAGAAUGGGCCACGAGCCAGCGAGCUACCGCCCGAGAAUAUGUGGACACAUGAAGAGUUUAAAGACUAUUUGGCGAGCAAAAACAAGCCAAACGCUUGGGAUGACAUCAUAUACCCGGGCAUGAAGAGAGCGAUCGUCUGCUCUUUGCUCGUCACACAAGAUAUUGUGGAAUACAGGAAGUCCUCAUUUGAGCUGUACGGAGCGGACUUUAUGCUAACGGAAGAUCUGCAGCCCUGGCUCAUCGAGAUUAAUUCAAGCCCGAGUAUGGAGUCGAGUACUGCUGUGACUGCCAGAUUGUGUGCUGCCGUGUUGGACGAUACCAUCAAAGUUGUCGUGGACCGUAAGUUUGACCGGAAUAGCGACACAGGACGGUUUGAGCUGGCCUACAAGCAGCCCCUGGUGACGGUCCCACCUUACAUAGGCAUCAGUCUGUGCGUGGAGGGCCAGUCGGUUCGUCGGCCAAACUGGGCCAUGCGACAGUUUCGUCAGUCGGAGGACGCGCUCUUCACCCCGCGCCCCGUGGCCAUGAGACAGACCAUCGUCGACCGCAACGCGGAGGUGAAAAAGAAUGCUCACCACAACAACACGGGAGCAAACUCUGCUGGGGCAGCUCUCGGAGGCAGCGACGGCGCUCACGGAAGGAAAGACAACUCUCGCACGCCAGACGCCGGCAAGAGCCGUAGCGGCAAAGAGUCGAACAACAACAAGACCCGCUCUUCUGUUGCUGACGGGAGCCACGAGAAACACAGGACUGCCGGCAUCAAGUUCCACAACUCUUCCGCGGCGGAUAAAUCAGGCAAUGAUGGGACCAUUCACGGGACAAACGCCCGCUCGAAGACGACAGAGAGCAAAAAGAGCGAGACUCAAAGCCUUCCGCCGUUUUCCGAGUCCGGCGCCGUACCGAGAUUUACAGACUCGGCAGGCGGUCUCAAGGUUCAGAAUGGCGGCCACUCCCAGCCCACACGCGUACUCCCGAACACUCCAUACUUGGCCGGUUUGAACCAGAAACGCUACGUGUCCAAGACCUCUGUCUCCACCAACUACACCAUCCCAGCCGCGCCGGGGACGGACAGAGGCGGCGGCGCCAACCGUACGGUGGCGGUCAACAACGUGGAGUCGACCGACCUGCAGACCUUCAAGCCAAACACAAAAGGUGGCACCGGGACCUCUGUGGCGCCCACCAACAAGUCCUGGAUGAAAACGUGCCCCUGGUGUGGCAGAGGAGGCAAUCUCCAUUUGGAUUCCGCGGAUCCCAACUGCCGCUGCCAGCAGGACUCCGUGCUAGUUACCAACCUUCAUUUCCCCCAGCCGGUAGGGACCGACCUGACGCCAGUGAACACCAGCAAAAAGCUGCUCCCCCCGACCAAAGCCAAAAAAUCGAUCCGGAAGAAAGUCUCCGUGAGGAAAGGCCGCAACGCCAUCUCUGUGACGCCCAGCCACCAGGCUCUCUACGAGCGGGACAGCGACUCGAAAGGCGGCACACCGAGACAAGAGCUGCCCCUCUCCUCCUCGACCACCCCAGACCGACCUGGCUCCGUUCUGAGCGCGGAAGAUUCCUACUCGUCCUCUCCGCCGAAGCGCGCGGCAGCGGCGGCGGCAGCGAUGGUGGCGAUGGACCCACAGGCCCGGAAAGACGCUCGCCUUUUGAGGAAGUCCACGGGGACCCUGAGCUACCACCCGCCGGACAACGUCUUCAACCCCAAGGAGCACCAGCUGUACCAGCAGCAGCAGUACCACAACGCGAACGUCAGCAGCGGCAGCAGCAGUAGCAACAAGCCCAGCGUGUUCGUGCAGCGCGUGAGCAACAACCACCACCACAACCACCCCAACAACCACCACCACCACAACAACAACGUGUACACGAGCGGCGACUGGCAGGCACUCACCUCCGGCCACCACCACCACCAACAACAACAACAACAGCACCACCAGCAGUACAGCCCCUUACACCCUCACUUCCAGCACCACCACCACCACCAUCAGCAGCAGCACACGACAAAGUUCAUCAGCGGCCGCGGCCUUCAGGGAAGCACGUGCACCAACCGCGUGAAGAACACCAUCUCGCAGAAGAGCGCUCCGAGCUCAUUGGUCAAGAUGUGGCCCACGUUGGCCUAUCAGGAGAGCCAGAGCUGGUUCAGCCCGUUGUCCGUGGUGGCGCAGCGUCGUUUGAAACUGAAGCAGCCGAGAUGAGGCGGGGUGGGGGUGGAAAAGUUUUGACCUUUAGGCUUCAUCUUUAUAAUAAUAUGCACAACUGGUGGUAAACUGCUUGCCAUAUAGGAAAGACUUUGGCAGUUUCCAUAAUUUCUAUGCACUCGGGGGGAAAUGAGAAAAACACUGGCAUCUUUCACCGGGAGAAAAUGGCUGAUUGUUUUCCCACAUCCGUCUCAGUACUUUCUGACGAUAAGUCAGCUAAUGUUUCCGCUUCAUCAUGAUAAUCCAGCAUCACCAAUGUGUGUCUGUUGUCAACGUCCCCUGGUGUUUUUGUACUUUCAAAAUCAAACAGAAAUGCCAGAAGAAAAGAUAUAUUUAAGAAUGUUCCUUAAUGCAUUGACGUCAUUUUUUUCCCCUGUGAAAUAUCAUUAUCAGAUCACUUUGAAAGUCACACACUCACCAAAAUGUCCACACACACACACACACAAACACACACACACACACACACACACACACACACACACACACACACACACACACACACGUGCGCACGCACAUACAAUAUAUUAUAUAGCUUCUAUUUCUUUAAAGCAAUAUUCAACGUAACCCAAUCAAUCACCAUGCGUCGCUUUAAAAGUGAACAUUUUAUCGUUUAACACAUGUUGCAAUCUAGCCAGUUUCCAAUGUUAACGUGCCAUUCUGAAGACAUCCCAUGGCUGUGUUAGACUCUAGUUCUUUGUGUGUGUACCCUGUGUUGGCAAAACCAAUAAAACAAGUGACAUCUGUUGAAAAAUCCAAUCUGCUGCAAUUGCCCAAUAGUACGUUUGCCCAAUAGUACGUUACUUGAGUUUUUUUGUGAUGGUCAUUUUUCACUUUCAAAUUACCAUCGUUACAUUGAAUUCUGGUUUGUUCAAAGUCUUUGUUGAAUCUGACUGUUGAACUUUAUUUCACUUCAGUAUAGCUCUGCUCUCUGUCUUGGGAUGGAAAAUGCCAUCUUCAAAGUGGGAAGUAAAAAUAGUAUGUCCUCCCUUGUGACGUUGGGGGGGGGGGGUGAUGUUCGUUUUGGGUUAGUUGUUUUGGUUUUGGUUUUUUUGUUCUUUUUGGUUUGUUUAUUUUCUUUUUAUAUUGUAGCCUAAUCAAGGCUAUUAUUUAAGAGGCAAAACAACACCAUUGUCUACUUUCAUGAACAUUGCUGAGUGCAUUUCUUUGUGACUUGAGUUUGCGACGCACGUUGUAUAUAACAAAAAGAGAGAAUGCGGUAGUUUUUGGGAUUCUGGUAAUUUGUAAGAUUGUGUAAAUAACAGAAGAAAACGUUCUUUUGUUGGCUGAUGGUUGUUUGGGCUGUUUUCAGCAUUGUCUGUCCGCUCUUCAAAUCAUUAUGUUUUUAAGGCACGUUUUAUUUUACGGUAUUUUUAAGCUAAAAUAAAAGAUGUAUCUUUAACCAAAGUUUUUGAAAACACGCGAUGCAAUAAACAUGGCAGAAGAUAUAGGUUCUGCACUGGGGGCUAUUGCCAUGAAUAUACCUGUGAUUCUAAAUUAUAUGUGAGAAAGAUUACAUAAUUUGUUAUUAUUGCUUCUGAAGUAGAAAGAUAAUAGAUUUACAUGUAGUAUGAAAGUGGCAGCUUUUCCAAAUAUCAGGAGACAGGAUUUUUUAAAGAGAUAGUCGAGUUGAUAGUAGUUAGUUGCUUUUUCUGCUGCAAGUCAACAGCUGGAUUAUCUUAUGUGUCCUUAGUUUGUUCAUUAUGUUUACCUAAUAAUGUUGUUGGCUUGGGUAUUUUAAAUCUUUUAACAAAGUUUGUUUUUGGUUUUGGUUUUAUUGUUGCUGUUGUUGUUCUAGUUUUGUCGCAACACGGUGUAGGUUUACUUAGUUACUAAUAGAGUCAGUGUGGUCUUUCUCUAACCAUGCACCUUAUUACCUCUAUGUGAACUGUGGACUAGCACACUGGCCUGAACCCUCCGGGGCAGUGCCACUGACUGAAGUGUCUUUAGGCCAUUCCCAAAAGGGGGGACAUAUCUCGUUCAAGC